CAAGACAUCCUAUACCUUAUGCGAUGGUGCGAUUUGAAAUGCACUAAGGUAAAGGGCGUACCAACCAUGCUCAUGGAGCUUUACCCCAUGCCGAGUCCUUCUUGAAGGACAAAUAGCCAGCAGCAGUAUUUUGUCCUCUCUCUUAUUAAAUAUUACCUUGGCUGUUGCAAUGCGAGAUGCAACAUGAAGAGGUAAAAUAAUCGGAUUGGGCCUACUUGAGCGACUUGAAGGCUAAAAAUACUUGGAUGACAGUUGCGAUUUAACUGAGAGGCCUUUAGAUAUUCAAGCUAAACUCCACGCUAUAGUGUCUCAUGCUGGCAAGGAAAAAGCAAGCAUUUAGAAUGGUUAAAAGCAUUUGAUGAUCUUAAUGAUUAUUCAAAUUUACAAGGCUCCGGCUAUUUAACUUGAAUUUUAAAUCUGUCCUUCUCUAUGGAUGUCUCCAAUCUGUCAUCAACCAUUGCCGCCGAAAGAUUCCACUCAUUACCUGACUCGAGGUCAUUCCCAACCAAUUACUGUGGGCGCUUACACAACAAAUUUUUAAGACCAAGUGGUCUUGGAUUGCCCACACGCUACGUAAGUCAGCUGAUUGCAUCGCAAGAAAAACUAUCGACUGGAAUCCAUCUGGCCAAAGACGAGUGGUGAAAUUCAUUUAGCAAGCAAAUUCGAGCUUUCCCUAACCCUAAUAACGAAAGGCCCUAUCUAAUUUGGUACAGAAUUCCAUGUUGUACAAAAGUCGGGAGGUACACAUGAAAAGCGAUAUUUCAUAUGUUUAUGUGUCUUAUACCACACAUUCCCAAGUUUCAUAAUAAUUUUAUUCCGUGUACUGCGUCCUAUGAAGAUUAUAAAAGUAACUGAAACUCGCAGCGGCGAAUCAUGAGUUUUUAGGCGGUUAUACGAUUAGUUUCUCUACAAAAACUAAAAGAUUAUAAAAAAUUGAAUCUAUUUUAAAUAUUGAAUAACAUACGGAAAUGCUUUUUGGUUUGAAUAUAAUAAGAAAUUUUCUACCGUUAUUAGCGUGUAUUAUAGGUGUUAGUGCGGUAACAAUGCAACAGUUCGAGACUUCAUUGGAUAUGAUGCGCAAUGGUUGUGCUCCGAAAUUCAAAAUUCCAGUCGAACUACUAGACCGUUUAAGAGAUGGUGACUUUGUGGAAAACAAUUCUGAAUUGAAAUGUUACACCAGAUGCGUAGCACAACUAGCAGGAACGUUAACUAAGAAGGGUGAUUUUAGCGUGCAAAAAGCGUUGGCACAAAUUCCAAUUAUAUUACCACCUGAGAUGCAGGACACAGCCAGGGAAGCAAUGAACGCUUGCAAGGAAGUGCAAAAAAACUACAAGGAAUCGUGCGAGCGUGUUUUCUACACAACGAAAUGCGUGCGUGACUAUGCUCCCGAUACUUUCAAGUUUCCAUAAUUUUGUGCAAUUGUUUUUGUAUUUGCUAUGUAAAUAUAUGCAUACAUAUGUAACGUAAAUAUAUCAUUUUAAUUUUAAGUUAAACCACACAAAACAACAAAAUGAAUAUUUGGC